AUGAGACCAAGUCUAAAAUACAGAAUAGAAUCUUCUGAUGUAAUCCGCUAUGGGAAAUCAGCUGAUGUAAUCCGCUAUGGAAAAUCAGCUGAUGUAAUCCGCUAUGGGAAAUCAGCUGAUGUAAUCCGCUAUAGAAAAUCAGCUGAUGUAAUCCGCUAUGGGAAAUCAGCUGAUGUAAUCCGCUAUGGAAAAUCAGCUGAUGUAAUCCGCUAUGGGAAAUCAGCUGAUGUAAUCCGCUAUGGAAAAUCAGCUGAUGUAAUCCCUGAUGUAAUCCGCUAUGGAAAAUUAGCUGAUGUAAUCCGCUAUGGAAAAUCAGCUGAUGUAAUCCGCUAUGGAAAAUCAGCUGAUGUAAUCCGCUAUGGGAAAUCAGCUGAUGUAAUCCGCUAUGGAAAAUCAGCUGAUGCAAUCCGCUAUGGAAAAUCAGCUGAUGUAAUCCGCUAUGGAAAAUCAGCUGAUGUAAUUCGCCAUGGAAAAUCAGCUGAUGUAAUUCGCCAUGGAAAAUCAGCUGAUGUAAUUCGCCAUGGAAAAUCAGCUGAUGUAAUUCGCCAUGGGAAAUCAGCUGAUGUACUCUGCUAUGGAAAAUCAGCUGAUGUAAUCCGCUAUGGAAAGUCAGCUGAUGUACUCCGCUAUGGAAAAUCAGCUGAUGCAAUCCGCUAUGGAAAAUCAGCUGAUGCAAUCCGCUAUGGAAAAUCAGCUGAUGUAAUCCGCCAACAUACAAAACCAGUUGGUGUCAUCCACCUAACAAAGAAAAUCAACUGA